CCAACCAUGAAAAUGGUGGAGUUAAUUUUUAUUAUUCUUCUUUUUUUGGAAUAGAAUCAUGAGGGGUGUGUGUGUGUGCGCGUGUAUAUAAGGUUGUGUCAGUCGUGAGAGCAAGUGUGUGUGUGUUAUUUUUGUUCAAGCACUCGAGCGAGUUUUAGAGAGAGAAAGGCAACAGUCUCGAAGCUAGUUCAAACUAGUGGGAGCUGCUUGUCUCUGCAAGCUUACAGCACUCAUCAAAACAAUUCAUAACUUGAAAUUUUCUCCUUUGUUGAUUUGAUCAUAUAUUAUUAUUUUUUUGGUGAUUGAUUGGGGGAGGAAUCGUGUGAUAUAUGGCUCGAGGAAAGACUCAGAUGAAGAGGAUCGAGAAUCCGGUGCAUCGGCAGGUCACCUUCUGCAAGAGGCGCGCGGGGCUUCUGAAGAAGGCUAAGGAGCUGUCUGUGCUGUGUGAUGCUGAGAUUGGGCUCUUCAUUUUCUCUGCCCAUGGCAAGCUCUAUGAACUUGCCACCAAAGGAAGCAUGAAAGGUUUGAUUGACAAAUACACGAAGUAUAGCAAGGAAAUCCCAGCUGAUGAAGAGCCUAAAGAGAAGCAAGCUAACGAAUAUAUGGAACUGAAAGAAGAGAUUAACCUGCUGAAGAAUGAGAUAGAGAUUCUCCAGAAAGGAAUAAGGUAUAUUUCUGGAGGGGGAGCUCCUGGUGCAAUGACUUUGAAUGAGCUGAAUGUUCUUGAGAAACAUCUUGAGACAUGGAUUUAUCAGGUUCGUUCUGCCAAGAUGGAUAUCAUGGCUCAAGAAAUCCUGCUGCUAAAGAAUAAGGAAGGAAUUCUUCAAGCAGCAAACAAGCAUCUGCAGGAGAAGAUAGAUGAGCAAUAUGGGAUGAUUGAACUGUCACCAAUGCUGACUAACUUUCAAUACCCACUAACCACUAACAUUAAUCAGUGCCCACUAACUAUACCAAAUCAAGAGAUAUACCAGUUUUAAUUUAGCAUAUGCCCAUAAAUUUAUUACUACCUGGGCAUUAUUGUAAGGUUUGAUGUAAGAAAAUAAAAAUGGUAUUUCUAGUCACGUUAUCGUAGUUUGCGAGUGCUGGAGGUGUAGACCUAAUGAACCAGGCAUAAUUAUGUAAAAGUUGUACUUGUGGUAUUAUGUAAGUGUUUGUUUCUAUUUUAUUUUUCCAUUAUGUGUC